AUGCGAGGGGCGAAGAAGCGGCAGGCGCUGCCCGCCAUCGUGCUCCUGCUGCUCGCCUCGGCCCCGCCGCCGCCGGGCGCCGAGGGCAGGGACGUGCCCGCCGCCGGAGCGGAGGCGGGGGCGCUCCUCGACAUCCUCCUGCAAGCCCUGGGCGACGACGGCCGCCCGCUGCCGCCCCGCCCGCCGCGGAGGGAGCGGGUGAUCUCCCGGCGCUACAGCGGCGGCGGUGCCCCUCCGACUGACCCCCGCGCCGCCGCCGCCGCCGCCCCGCCGCCCCCGCGGGUCUUCGCCGCCGCCCGGCACGGAGAAAUUUUUCCAAGAGAUUCCAGUCUAAAAGACAAGUUCAUAAAACAUUUUACAGGGCCAGUCACAUUUUCCUCAGAGUGUAGCAAGCACUUUCAUCGACUGUAUCACAACACAAGGGACUGCUCAACACCAACCUAUUACAAAAGGUGUGCAAGAUUGCUAACGAGAUUAGCAAUGAGCCCUUUGUGUACACAGUCCUAGGAUGUUUGCUAUACUUUCUACCAAGGAGAGAAUUCUGAUUUGCCAAGAAAGUGCCUUGAAAUCUUCAAAAAUGGAGAAGACGUCUUUUAUCUUUUUGAUUUACAAUGUUUUGUUACUAGAUGCAUUUUAUUUUCAUAUAUUUGUCCGACAUUCCAUAUUUGUGUGAAACAUUAUUUUAUUUUGUAAAUUUGUUGCCUAUAGUUCAGACAAGCCAAUUAUUUAAAUACGUUGUAUAUGAAGAAUACUAAUGAUGUACUGAUUAAAUGUUAUAACCGUAUGCAGGGAGUUGGUAAAAUUUUGCUGUUUCUCUUGUUCCGUUGUAUUGACAUCGUUCUGCUCAGGCUCUUACUCUCAUUAUUUGCACUAACUUGAAAUGCAGAAGUCUGUGUAACUGAAAUCUGAAUAAGCUGUAAGUGGGGAAGUUUUACUUGCCAUGGAAGAUAUUUUAUAUUAUGAAGCUUUGUUAAUAUAUACAUAUAUAUUAUUGUGCAUCAGAAAAAAAUUUGCUCAGAAACGCACCUUGCUUUCCGGAACAUUUGUAUGAUUAUUCUGGAUUUUCAUCAGUUACAUUUGUACUGGCACUUAUGGAAAGAGUUGCAAAUAAUGUAAAUAUAAAGACUGGAAAACUGCAAUGCAGUUUUGGUGGAAUAAAGAACAUAAAAAUAAACAAUUUUACAGGAGGGGUUAUUUAAGUAUAUUAAGAGGUCACUUAUUUAAUAUAUAUAUUUAAUCUACUGGUGAACUUGAAAUAAUCCUCCACUGAGAACUUCAAACUUGUGGGUUUAGUAUAUUACAGCAUUUCAUUUUCAUGAGGUAAAUUUUUUUCAGCCAUUUAUUCUUCAGUUGAAUAAGGUGUGAACAAAAAUGCAUCAUGUAUCUAGUGUGAACAACAGAAAAUAUUCUCAAGUAUGCAAAGAGGGUAAUAAAAAAGUCUAACAGGAGACAAAAUACUUUAAAGUAUAAUACCACAAAUCCAGGGGGUAUAAUGAAUGAAUUUUGCUGAUGAUACAUCAGUCUUAAAUAUUUGGGAAGACUCCAGGGCACAACUGCUACAUAUUUUCUAUUUAAAAUCUAAUCGUAUUGGUCACAUUUGCUAUCCAUUUGCUAUCUUAUGUCUUUUAUUGCAAGCUCAUGUGAUUGUUUUACAAGAACCUAGUAUCCAGUGGGGGUUUUACAGUUAGAUCCAGAGUAACUGACAACACAUAUUGAUUACUAUGCUCAAAUCACAAUUCUUGAAAUUAAUUGACCAUUCAAGAUGAUCCCUUCAGAUUAAAUAUUAUAUCUACCUUUCCCCUCACUGUGGGCUUCAUGAGCUCGUUUGCUUCUAUGCCCAGCACUUUUCCCACUACAGAAUGGUAAGAAAACUUUGCCCUGGGAUUUCUCACCAAAUAGCAAAAUGUUGCCUUGUUAUCCAAAGGGGUUUUCUUCCUUAUUUUGAUAUGUUCAGUGUAUUACCACACCAAAGCUAUGCAGUGUCCUGUGAUGCUCUAAGCAGUCCAACCCACAACUUUUAGAGAUACUUCAUCUAUAGUCCCAGCUAGGAUGGUGUCCUGUCCUCUUUGUGAUUAACUGGAUUGGUUUUCUAACUUUCUGCAAUCAUAUUCUUUUGGUAAGAGCAAAGCUUUCAAGUCUCCUUCUAAUCCAUCUUGAAAGCAAUACUCAUACUGAAAAUGCCAGUGGUUUGAAUGGUGAGAAGGAUAUCUUUGGAUCACUGUGGGUAACAUACUUCAUAGAAGGAUUAUUGGCCAAAACACUUC